AUGUCCGUUAUCAAAAAUGUCGUCGUGGCCGGGGCCUCCGGGAUUCUUGGGGCACCGGUCCUAAACGCCCUCCUGGAUUCCAAGCAAUUCAAUGUAUCUGUCUUGACUCGACACGAUUCGAAGUCCCAGUUCUCCUCGGACGUCCGAGUAAUCCCAGUCCAUUACGACAACCGAGCAGAGCUUACUACCGCCCUGCAAGGCCAGGAUGCCGUGGUUUCGACCUUGAGCUCUGCUGCGCUGGGCUUCGAGAUCCCACUGAUCGAUGCAGCUAUCGCCACCGGGGUCAAGAGGUUCAUCCCUUCGGAAUUCGGCUCGGACACGGACAAUGCCAAGUCAUCUACUUUGCCCGUAUAUCAGACCAAGGUCGCCGUCGACAAAGCUCUCCAGCAAAAGGCCCGAGAGUAUCCCAACUUCAGCUACACCUCUAUUCGCAACGGUGUCUUCCUGGACUGGGGUCUGGCCUUUGGCUUCCAUGUCAACUUCAAGUCCGAGAACCCAGUCUUCUACGAUGGUGGAGAUAGGCCCUUCAGCAGCACUACCCUGGCCACAAUCGGGAAAUCUGUCGUCAGUGUCUUGACGCAUCUUCAAGAGACUAAGAACAAGGCGAUCUUCGUUCAUGAUCUUGUGACCACCCAGCAGCAGGUGCUUUCUAUCGCCCGGAAGAUCGCCCCCGCGCGCAAGUGGGAGCCAGUGACUGUGAGCACGGCCGACCUAGAGGCCCAGUCGCAGGAGCAAUAUUCCAAGGGGAUUAUCAGUCUGGAAUCAUCGCUGGGAUUCCUGACUCGGGCUGUUUUUGCUGAGGGGUAUGGGGGUAGAUUCAAGCAUGUUGAUAAUGAGCUGCUGGGCAUUGGAUUCAAAACCGAGGCGGAUCUGGAGGAGUUGGUGAAGGCGACAUUAACCGGAUCGGCAGCAUAA